AUGCAUCGCAAGAAGUGUCAAAUACUAAAGGGCAAGCAUUUAGCGAAGGAGCAUUUCGAAUGGUGCUGGCUUCAACACGUCCAAGCCUCUAAGAGAGAUGCAGAUGAAUUGCAAUUAAUUCUAGCCAACAAUGAAAGAGCACGAUUUAUUCGGCCCCCUGAACUCGUAGAUCCCGACGAGCGGAUAUUAGACUACUUUGGCAGGCACUUCGCAUACAACCGCACUGCAAUAAGGGACAAUGCGUGGGAGGCCAUCGUGAAGAUAGCGCCGGAGAGAACCCUUUUAAUGCUAGUUCUUACGGAGCUUUUCUCUGCAUAUAUUCGUUGUGAAUAUCGAGAGAAGGAAUUGAUGCGGGUCAAUUACCAAUCUAGAGCUAGUGUUUUAACAACUCUUCAUCAAUGGCAGUCAAAGGUCGACCUUACAGGAAUCGAUGCUGAGUCCCUGGGUAUAGUCUUGUUAGGCGGGAUGAUGGUGGUGCUGCAGCAGAUGAUCGGUCCAGACGAUGAUCAACAGGCGUGGGCUCACGAGAUCCUGUGGAUUCCAUUUCUUAUACAGAAGACUCUCCACGCAGUAACAUCAGUGCCCAAAAUCUUGCCACUUACGUUCGAGUUGCGAGCUAAAUUGAAUCCGCAUAUCACGAUGGCAAAUAUGUUGGCUCCUCUUCAUGCGCAGCUUCCGGACUCUGGCUAUCUCGCUGAGGCCGAAUGGCAGAAUUCUCAGUUAAUGUGCACAAUUGACCCACUUGUCGGUGCAUCGCACGCAAUAAUGUGGGCAAUUAGGGAGACGAAUUUGAUAUGCAAAGGGUCGUCCCAGAUCUCACCGGAAAAGUUGUUGUUAUAUAUCAAGAGCAUCGAGCAACGGUAUCCAGAGGGCGGAGAGCCACGAGACAAUGAUCACAUUAUUUACAAGCAGAUCCUAUUCGAUGGCGAACGUGGAUACCAGAUUCUAGCGAAAUCCAGCUGUGUUGUUGACUAUUAA